GGGCUCCCACUCCCUCCUGGGGCCUGACAGGGCUUUGAAAAUCCCCAGGUCAAUCCCUUCCCCUGGGACCCGAAGUCCCUGCAGUGACUGCUGGGAGGGAUGAGGGCUGCCCAGCUGUGGACAUCUGGCAUCAGCGCUGAGAUUUGCCGCGGAUGUUUUCCGAGAAACCAGGCAGAUCCGACUUCCUGGAGGGGUGGGCGCUGGCCUGAACCUCGGGGACUUCGGCUUUCCCAGGAGAAUCUGGAUCCAGCCCUUGCAGGAGCCGAGAUGAUGGCAGCAAAGCCCGAGAAGAGAGUCGCCUCAUCUGUCUUUAUCACCCUGGUGCCCCCACGCCGAGAUAUGGCUGUGGCUAAGGAAGUGAGGCAGGUGGUUUGCGAGGCCCGCCCUGGCCGCCCCUGGGAGACCGCCACAGGCACAAAGACCCCUGAAGCUGGCUUGGUAGGAAGGCUGGGCAGGGCUGCAGUGGCGGUGCCAGCCGUCCCACCCCAGCUCUCCAAUGGAGGGUGUGCUCCCCCUCCGUGUACCCUGGAUGCUGAGGACACGCUUUCCGACGCGGACCUCCUUCUGCCGCCCCCUCCAUCGUACGAGGAGCUCCCUGUCCCGACGGGGGCGUCUCUCAUUGCGGACUUGGAGCAGCUGCACCUGCCCCCGCCCCCACCCCCACCCCAGACCCCGCUGGACGGGCCUCCGUUCCAGUCUCAGCCUGGUCACCUGGGGCCCGCGGAUGAGGAGCUGCCGCCUCCCCCAGAAGAGCCCGUCGGCCUCCCCGACAGAGCAGCGUCCACAGACAUCUGCGCCUUCUGCCACAAGACUGUGUCCCCCCGACAGCUGGCCGUGGAGGCCAUGAAGAAACAGUACCAUGCCCAGUGCUUUACAUGCCGCACCUGCCGCCGCCAGCUGGCCGGACAGAGCUUCUACCAGAAGGACGGACGGCCCCUCUGUGAGCCCUGCUACCAGGACACCCUGGAGAAGUGCGGCAAGUGCGGGGAGGUGGUCCAGGAGCAUAUCAUCAGGGCCCUGGGCCAGGUCUUCCACCCCAGCUGCUUUACAUGUGUCACCUGUGCCCGGUGCAUCGGGGACGAGAGCUUCGCCCUGGACAACCAGAAUGAGGUGUACUGCCUGGACGACUUCUACAGGAAAUUUGCCCCCAUGUGCAGCAUCUGUGAUAAUCCCAUCAUCCCCCGAGAUGGGAAGGAUGCCUUCAAAAUCGAGUGCAUGGGGAGAAAUUUCCAUGAGAAUUGCUACAGGUGUGAGGACUGCAGGAUUCUCUUGUCCGUGGAGCCCACGGACCAAGGCUGCUACCCCCUGAACGACCGUCUCUUCUGCAAGCCGUGCCACGUGAAGCGGAGCGCCGCGGGGUGCUGCUGAGUCCCCCACGGGGCGCCGGGGUGGCGAGCCGCCUACCAGCCCCCUGCAGGGGAACUGCCCUGCCUUGGUUUCCCUUCCUGACCUGCUCUUGCACGCUUUCCUUCCGAGCCUCCACAGGACCAGGCUGCAGCUCGGCCCAUCACGCCCAGGGUGCCAGGGGCUGAGCCACCCCGGGCCUCCUCCCAGCUCAGAGGUGGGGGGCUGACAGACAGCACCCCUCAGGCUUUCACCCUCUCCUGCCCCCCUGGGCACUGGGAAAGCUGCUGUGCCUGGAGCUCCCAGCCUUGCAGCUCUGUCCCUGACCCCUGUUUCCAGGGGAGAGUUGGGAUGAGGAUGGGGGUCUCCAGAUGGCCCCCACGUCCCUAGCACUGACACUUCAGCUGUCUGGUAGGGGGUGCUGGGAGCAGCUCUAUUUGGCAGGACUGAGCUUUUGGAGAAAAAAACUCCAGUGUCCCUUAAAAAGUGCAUUUUUAAAAACUUGAGUUUUAAAAGAUGGGGAACAGGAUUCUUUGGGUUGAGAUCGUAGUAGGAAACUUCUCCCUUUGGUUUAUAAAUGUACAAGAAUGUGACUUGUGGUGGCUUGGCUAUGCACUUCCCACCUCGGGGACAUGUCCUGCUGAGGCAGGGGCAGGAGAGGGCGAGAUGGACAGCCAAGCCCGCUGCAUCUCCUCCUCCAGGUUCCUCCUCCCGUGUGCCUGAAUGGUUCAGCAGACAUAGCCGGGUGGCUGUUGCAUGCUGGGUUCAGGGGUCUGAGCUUUCUUCCGACAGCCUUGACUCAGGCUGUGCACACACACACUCACACACCCCUCCAGGGCCGGGCCCGGGCAAGUAUCCCCUCAGCUUUCCUCGUCCUGCCCCCCCAAAUCUCACUCCGGCCAUCCACCCCAGGCUGCCCUGUGCCCACCGCCUCAGCAAGGCCCCACCUAGAAGAUUCUUCCCUAGACUCCCCACUGUUGUUGCUUCAUGACUUCCGUGCAUGGUGGUGGGCCAUGCACAAAUUAAAAUAUGCUUUUCUCUCUGGAGUCUUCUGGAUGGGAACCACGAUUCCAAGUGCUUCGGAGAGCUCCUUUGUAGACCCCCUUAGGGGGCUUCAGACAGAGCACACUCUCGCCCUAAGAAUAGAGCAGUGAGCCCCAAACUUCAGGCAUUCACUUACCACCUCCACAAUUGUCGGAACCAAGGACCACUAUUAUUCUAUCCUGUUAUUUCCUUCAUUUUUUUUCUUUAGGUCAACACACCUUUUUAAAAUCACUUCCAACUUUAGCCUUGUGCUAAGCAAUAUAUCCAUGCAAUCACGUGAUGUCCUAGUUAUGUUAUUUCCUAUUAUACAUUAAAAUAAAUCCAGAACUAUUA